AUGAAAGUCCUCAUCCUCGGCACUGAUAUCGAGGCUUUCGUGUGCGCGAUUGCCUGUUUCCGGGAGGGACUCGACGUGGUUGUUAUAAAUGGGAGGGAUCCCAUUGAGGGGACCAUCCCGGGAGUGCACAUCCCCCCAAACGGCACGUAUAUCCUACAACAGCUAGAUCUUCUCGAUGCCGUUCGGGAGAAAGCGGAUAUUAUCGAAUCGAUCGAUUUCCGUCGAUAUGCCGAUGGGGGGUUGAUCCGGGCGAUGCCGUGCGGGGAGGAUGUGUGUCGCGUGUACGGGGGUAUUUGGGUGACUAUCCAUCGAGAGGACUUGCUCCGCAUUCUACAAGAUCGAGCAAGAAGCCUAGGCGUGUCCAUCCGCAAUGCAGUGGUAACAGAAAUGCUGUGCGAAAGCGCAGAAGUUAUCCUAGACGACGGCGAACAUAUUCUAGGGGACGUACUCAUCGGAGCUGACGACAACACACCCAACCAGGUCACAUACCAAACCACAAUAUCCAAAAAGCACCUGGAGGCGCUCAACAACCCCCGAAUCGACGAGCUCUGGCAAAGAAAGAGCGUGACAGCCUGGCUCGGCCCAGACCAACACGCUAUCCUCUACCCCCUUCCACACGGCGAGAUAUUCACCUUGACUAUCUACCGCGCAGACUCCCACAAUCUGCCUCAAGCGCAAACGAUCCAAGAAACCUGUCCCGGAUGGGAUGAUCGGCCAAACCACCCUCCUCGGCCCCUCCACCACUCCCACUCCAACCCCCCCCACGAAGCCCAAGAAACCGCCCUCCAUCUCGAAGACGCCCUCGUGCUAUCCACCCUCCUCGGCCUCCUGAACCUGCACCUGCACCUCCACCUCCAAACCUCCAGCCCCUCCCCCUCCCAACCAUACUCUUCCCAGCCACAUCCCUCCCAAACCAACCACCUACACUCCUCCCUCCCCUCCCUCCUCCACCUCUACUCCUCCCUCCGCAAACCCAUCGCAGACCACAACAUCCUCAGCGCGAGGGACACCCAGCGCAUAUUCCAGAUGCGCGAUGGGCUCGCACAGCGAUUUCGUGACUGGGUUCUUUCCGGGGCGGGGGUUACGAGGGCGACGGAGAUUGGGUGGGUGAGGGUUGUUUCUGCACGGGUGGAGGACAGGUUAGGGGGCGGGGAGAUGGUGGUGAGGGAAGCGAGGGAGAGGUUUGACGAGUGGAGGAGGGUCAGGUUGCCUGGUUCGGUGGGGAGGGCGUCGUGUGGGAUUGGGGGGUUGAGGAGGAGGUGGUAUUCUGGUUGGGAGUGA